AUGUUCCCAGUUACUCACACCGCUGCCAUAGAUUCAUCAUCAUCUUCCCAGGAGACGAUGGCGCUGCAGAGACAAGUCAGCGAACUAUCUCGGCAAGUAGCAGCCUUCACGACAGCUUUCAACAAGAACCGCGGCAGAUCUCCAGCUCGAAAACCAAACCAACGCUCCCGAAGCAAUUCAAAGCCACGCAAGCUUGAUAAAACAGGCAUCUAUCUUUCUGUUUAUCCAUACGGGUGGAUGAAAUGCAAGCCUACGCCAGAAGGAUACCAACUUCAUGCAGCAAACGGCUCGCUGAUCGAAACAUACGGGUGUAUCACUCUGUCACUAAACCUCGGUUUACGUCGAGAAUUUACGUGGAGAUUCAUCAUCGCUGACAUCACGAAACCAAUUAUUGCUGCUGAUUUCCUAAGUCAUUUUAAUUUGUUAAUCGACCACAAACACAGACAAUUAUGUGACGGCUUCACUGGUCUCCAAACACGCGUAGAUUCCAUACGCUCAGAUGCAAAAUGCAUUGAAUUAAUCGAAGGUGAUACAGUUUAUCAUAAACUGUUGUCAAACUACCCGGCUAUAACUCGACCUGAAGGAAUAACUUCAGCAAAGAAGCAUUCCACAGUACACCACAUCAAGACGACAUCAGGACCUCCGGUAUCGUGUAAAGCGCGACAUCUUGCACCUAACAAAUUGAAAAUUGCGCAGGAAGAAUUUUGCAAGAUGGUUCAACUGGGUAUCGCACAUCCUUUGACCAGUCUUUGGGCAUCCCCACUCUAUCUUGUACCCAAGAAAUCUGGAGAUUAG